CCCUUGUAGCGAUUGUGAAUGCGGACAUUUUGAAACAAGACAGCCGACAAGAAGAGGUGGAUCUUCCGUUGAACCAAACAGCAGGGCUACUACUGCUAGGCAGGUGUUGGAGAGUCUCUGUGAGAGUGGACGUGAUGGGUGCUUUAUGACUUAACUCUUCCAGUGGAUGACCGAUUAUUGGAAGUAACAUUGCCUGCGAACGGGGCCGUGUGAACUACAAAUAAAGCAUUCCAAUUAAAAUCAUACCAGAACAAGGACAGGGGGAUCACUCAGUCGCUGCAAAUGUCAUGGAUAGGCAGGGCAUUUGAAUGAAAAUCAUACCAGAACAAGGACAGGAAGAUCAUUCAGUGGCUGUGGAUGUCAUGGAUAGUCAGGGGGAUGCAAGCUUCUUAUCUGAGGAGAAUAAUGAAAUGGAGCGUAUUCAUCAGUCUUUACUCCAAGCAUGUGAAAGUGAGAGUGCGGAAGAUGAGACUGAUGAUGGAGAAGGCAAAAGGGAGGGCUGUGACACCACCAUGAUUCUUGACGACCAGGACAUAGAACAGUUAAUCAAAGAUUUAAUAAGGAUCAGCCAUGAAGAAUUCAUGAAAAGCCGCCAAGACCAAGAGCAAAUGGUGGCUGAGAUAGUGGACAUGUGUGAGAACAGUUCUCUGGACAAGUUAAACCUGUCUACUUAUUCUUUGCAAGAAACAUUAGAAUCUGCAACUGAUAAAUUGAUUCCGCUACCCCAGAUUGCAGAAUUGGAAUCAGAGCCAUCUUAUACACCUGGAAAAAAGUUAAGUGCCAUAGACUUGAGAGAGGUGACAACUUUCACUGAUGCAGUGCGGGAUGAUAAAUCUCCAAGCUGUCUGGACACUGUUACAAGUGAAACUGCAAGCGAUACAGAGAAUAAAUUCUCUGUGAUGGAGACUGCUGAUACUGAAGAAGUGAAACCCGCAGCAAACCUAAGUUCACCUGCCCCUUGUGCAGAGGCAUUUUCUGGUGGAAGCACAAUAAACCCAUCCUUUCAACAAUCAAAAUCUGAGGUACCUAGUUUGAGUCAACUGGUUAAAGAAGCUUGUUACUCAGGAGAAGAAGUCUGUAAUUUGCCACCAUCUAGAGGAGAGGCUGUUGAGAUUAUGGAAGCAGGGCUGAUUUUGCCUGAUGCAAAUGUACCAGAAGCAGAAAUGCCAUGUAUUACCCUGAAAGGAGGACCAUUAAUGUCCACACCAAGGACCAAUAAAUUCCAAAAAAACAACAAAGAUCCAUUUUCUCCUAUAAUAGCAUUUCCUUCCUGUACUAAAGGAAUUGACACAAGCACCCCCGGCAGAUUUAAAGGUGUUGAAAAAGUAAGGCAUUUCAAAGAAUUUAAAGCGUACAGUGAUGGUGAGGAUGAGGAGGAAGAAUCUGAGCCAGCUACAGCAGGUAGGAAAAUACUAAAAGCUAAGAGGCAGAUACAGCUGUUGCCAAGCUCAAAUCUUGAUGGAAAUAUCAUGCAGUCAGCAGGUGAUAACACAGGGGUUACCCUACCACAAAGCAAAAAAAUAAUACCUAAUGAAGAUGACACUUUAGGCAAGCUGACUGAGCAGAGUGAAGAGCAGAGAGACUUUAAGGGGGACAAAGAUGAUGUUAACCUGUCUGUGUUAGAGAGGAUGCGUUUUUGUCUCUUACAGCAGAUUCAAGAUAUCAACAACUCUGAGCCAGAUGAAGCCUUUGAGAGCCAUACUCUGUGUGCAGAACAGGCUCUCAAGACCAAAACCACUGAUACCACUGAACAAAUAGUUAAAAAAAUAGAAAGCAAAUCAUCUUUCAUAUUGUCCCUCCAGUCUGCAGAAUUUCUGCCUAGUGUAUCAGGUGACUCAAAUGCAAACAAAUCGAAAGUAGGAGAGAAACCAGGGGAAAAUAAGGCUGAACAAAAUAUUUCUACUGAAGAAAAUAAACUAGCUGAUACCAAGGUUAUACCCAGUCACACAAAGCAAAAUAUGAUAAAAGAACCAGAAAUUCAAGAAUUAGACAUUGCUACCAAAGAAACCAGAUGUAUCAUUCCAGAGAGGUGCCAAACUCAUUCAAAUGAUCUUACCUUGCAACAUGAUGCCAAGACCAAAGUGGUCCAGGAUGGUAAAAAGACUAAAUUUAUUAGCCACUGUGCAACAUCUGUGAAGGAUGUGCCUGUAAUAUAUGUGAGUGGUCUCAAAGUGAAGGAACAACCAGUCGAAAAAGAUGCUAGUUUACCUUUUAGCCAAAUUGUAAAAGAUAUCAAACAAGAUACAAGAGAACCCCCAGCUCCAGUUGUAUUCAGUGAUAUGGUGCCAGACACAUGUACAAGCCAAAACAAUAACAUUAAAAUUGCACAAGAAAUAACACCUCUGCCAAAUAACAUCUUACCAGUUGGAUCCCAAACUCCAGUAGAAGAAGCUGAGAUAUCCGCUGCUGAUAAAGCGUUCCCACUUGAAAAAGAUUCCAUUCCUGUUCUCGGUGAACCUGGACAAAGCAGUGAUGAAGGACAAAGAGAGACCUCUAUUCCUGUUGCAAAGAAAACAAAAGAAAGAAUAUGCAUAAGUCCAAUUAGAUACCCCACCACAUUGAAUGAAGUGACCAAUAAAUCUGUCAAAACUGACAGUUCUUCAUAUAAAAGGGAUUCCUGUAGCCAAGGAAAGCAAAAAUCAAAAGUACAAGAGAGACCAAAGAAUACUUCUUUUGAAAAAGAACAAAAGAAGGUAAUGUUAGAUACCAAGGAAAACCAGAGGAUGAAGGAAGUCAAGGCUAGAUGGAAGUCGAAGGGCAUACCAUCACCAGAGGUUAAUCUCACCUGUGCCAGUUACUGGAGAAAAAGAACCAAGGCCUCUACUUCAAAGUCAGGUUUACUGGAGGGGUCAUCUCUACACAGCAUACCAUCAGUUAAGAUACCAAACAAACUGAAACGUAAACGUAAGGAAGAUUCCACCAUGGAAGACACCACAAAGUACAAGAAACCAAGGAUUGAAGAGGCAAAAGGCAGUGACCCUUAUGAAUUAAAGGAAAAAGUUGGGCAGCAGUUGGAUGAGUUAAAAAGCCAACUCAAUUCUACUAUUAACAAGAUAAUGACUGAUUUCCAGUCUGAAAAGUACAAACUAGAAAUGGAACACAUUUAUCAAUAUCAGCACCUCGUGAUGAAACAAAAAACAGAAAUUAUGGGAUAUAUGAGCAACCAAGCUGCUACAAGACACCUCAAUUGUGAGCAUUCAUUUUUGUUGCAUAACCUUCGUCGUGGUCAGAAAAGGGAAAUGUCUGAAUUGGACACCAAAUAUAGGGGAAAAAUUAAAGAAAAGGAAGCAAGUUACCAAAGGCAAAAGGCUGCUAUAAAAGAAAUUCUAAAACUUCAGACACAGCAGACAAAUAAUGUGGUAGGGUCCCUGUAUGUUCCAGUUUCCUUCAGUUCGAAGUGUUCCAAUGUGGCAGAACAUGUCUCCCUCCUCCCAGCAGGGAUAGCAGAGGAAAUGAUUGCAGAGGAUGUUCUGUAUGAUAGAUUUUAUAAACAUGAAUGACCGGAAUCCUUUGUUACAGUAUUCUUUUUACUGUAACAACAUAUUUUGAACAGUCAGCUCUUUAUCUUCAAAGGGGACAAAUUACUAGCAGUAAGGGUUUUAACAGUUCAGUGCCUACUAAACAUUCAAGUUAAAAAAUCUUGCCACAUAUUUUUGUGUCAGUUUUGAAUUUCAAGUUCUACCUUUUAUUUAACAUGCGAGUUAAAAGAAUUUAUAUAGUUGACAGCAAAUUAAUUUUUUUUUUUUUCUUAAUGAAUAGUAUGUAUUAAGGCAUGUGCACAUGUGCAUGGUAGUGUUAAGUAGAACUAUACGUAUUUAAGAAUCUUUCCAUAGCCAUACACAUUUUUGCUCAUAAUACAUAUCAAGCUAAGAGAAAUUUAUCCAGACCCUGAUACUAGCACAGUGCUGAAAUUUAAACACUUGUCUUGGUUUUUGUUUGUUAAAUGAUUUAUUUUACCUGUUUAUUCCUUUAUAAUUACCAAUAUAAUUCCAUUAUUUUAUAAAUUCCUAAUGAUCAUUUUUACUUAUUACCAGAAUUAUACUUUUUAUUUUGAAACUUGAACAAUAAUAAUUUUGGUUGUGACUUUUUCUUACAGAUUCAAAUAGGUGGAUGACUGAAACUUAAAAGCCAUUUUCAGGAUCACCUUUUCCAAUUUUUGAAGUCUUGAAACGAUUCAAAUUAAUUUUUAAAUUUGUUUUGUCCACAAUUAAGAGUUAAUUUUUUCAAAGUUUAUGAAGUUUAAAUGUUUAAGCCAUUACUAAGUUAAGUUGUACAAUGCAAAGCUAUCAAUCAACUAUUUUUGACAAAAUUUCUUAACAAUUGAAAUUUUUUACACAAUGUUAUAUAAACAAAAGAUCUAUUUCCAUGUGCUAAGUUUACUAAAAAUUCAAUUAAGUUGUUUUAGUAGUGAUGUAAAUACAGUUCUAAUUUCUCAUGUAUGAUUUUAUAACAAAAUGUAUUUUUGGUGAUUUCUCAGUUUUUAAAUAAUAACAUAUCCCAGGCUUUACUUAUUGAGCGUAAUGCAAUGAAUACAAUAGAUCAUGCUAUUUAGAAUAAUGGUACUUAAAGAUUCCAAACAAAAGUAAUUGAGAAGUACUACAGAUUUUUGAGAGCCAAAUUCAUAUUAACACAAUUUUAGCAGUUAGGGUUGUAAUUAUAGUAGCACCAGCGUUAGCGUUGCCAGUUCUCAUGGUUUUAGUCCUGACCAGCAGGUGCUGGCUCUGCAGUGAAGUCACCUUUACUGCUUCUCCUGUUAGACUACUUUUUUUGCUAGGAACUGUACUUCGCUAAUUUUCCAUACAUCUCCAAAACUGGCAGAAAUACACCCAUAGUUACUAUUGGACUUGAAUAGGAAGUCGUAUGUUGGGUAACUUAACGUAACCUUGAAAUUGACCUACUUUGCAAAUUUUCUAGCACUUAGCAUAUUUACCAGCCCCUGUUUUUGCACAACUAAAAUAGGUACAUCUAUUCAAUUCAAAUGAGCUUAAUGUCAUU